AUAAUGUCCGUCGGCACUAUGAGACCAAGCAUCAGAGCUACGCAUCGUACACAGGUGCGAUGUGAUGAACACUGUUGUAAAAACUGUCAACAUAAUUCGAGCUAGAGGACUGUACCACAGGGAAUUUCAAGCUUUCUUAUCUGACGUGGAUGCUGAAUACGGGGAUGUACUCUACCACUGUGAUGUGUGCUGGCUCAGCCGCGGCUCUUUGCUGCAGCGGUUUUAUUCGCUGAGAUCAGAAAUCGACAAGUUUUUGAAAGAGAAGGGCCGACCUCUUCAUAAACUGAGUGACCCUCUGUGGCUGGCAGACCUGGCAUUUUUAGUUGAUCUCACUCAUCAUCUGAAUACACUGAACAAGAACCUACAAGGCAAAGAACAGCUGGUGUCACACCUGUAUGCGCACAUGAAAGCCUUCUGUGUAAAGCUCCGCCUGUUUGAGACACAACUACGAAGCUUUAAUGCUGCACACUUCCCUGCGCUGUCUGAAAUCAAGUCUGCUUUUCCAAAGGCAGACCUUUCUGCUAAAAAGGAGAAAUAUGCUUCUGUAAUUACAUCUCUCGUGACAGAAUUCAACCAGCGUUUUCAAGAUUUUUCUGUCAUUGAAAAACAAAUCAAGCUGUUCUCGACCCCCUUCCUGGUGGAUGCAGAAGAAGUGGAGGAGAGUCUGCAGUUAGAACUGAUUGAAAUGCAAUGUGAUGAUUCUCUGAAGAGUCAACAUCAGCUUCUCUCCCUCCCUGACUUCUAUCAGAGUUUGGAUCAUGCCAAGUUUCCUCUGAUGAGACGCCACGCAAAAAGAAUGAUGAGCCUGUUCGGCUCAACAUACAUAUGUGAACAAACAUUUUCUCUGUUAAAUCAGAACAAAAGUAGACUGAGAUCCAGAAUGACUGAUAGCCAUCUCUGUGAAGUCCUUCGUGUCUCAACCACCAAACUUUCUCCUGACAUCCCAGCCAUCCUUCAAUCCAAAGGACAGCAUCACUGCUCCCACUGAGAGCAAUGUUCUUCACAUUAUAGGUGAGUUAGAAAUACACACAGUAAUCAUGUGUCAAUAUGUCACCUCUUGUGUGUGGCCCGGGCCUUUGCUUAUUUUUCUGUAUUUGGCCCUCACCAAAAAAACUUUGGACA